AGUCAAGAAGUAGGUGCAGUUAGUAUGAACAAGCUAAGUCAAGGAAAGUGAUCUACAACAAGUCAAGCAAAGUGAUCUACGACGUCGAAAACUUCUUCAGUACACUUUAGUUUAUUCCAACCCUUUAGCUUGCACAGGAAGGAGAAGAUACGAGUAGAAUCUAUAAAUUUCUUUUCUUUCUUCCGUAGCACUCACAAUCACCACAAUAAAGUAUUUCAUUGCAACGUUAUAUCUUUCAUUCUCAACCCAUGACUUGUAAACAAACUAAACUCGAGGACAGGCUUAGUGCAUUGCCUGACUCACUUCUUUGCCACAUCCUGUCUUUUCUUCCUACAAAUGAAGCUGUCCAAACUGUCCUAAUUCGGAGAUUUGGCACCCUUUGGACUUUCCUUCAAAAUAUCGAUUUUGAUGAUGCCUUGCUCUCUCACUUAUGGGCAAACGAGGAUAUAAAUUCAGGGUUCUUUAGGUUUGUCCACAAUGCGCUAAAGCUCCAUCAAAGGCCUACAGUCGACAGGUUCAGAGUUAACAUUUCGACCAUGUUAUAUGAAGAAAUACCAUCUUUCCAAUCUGAGAAUUGGGGAUGUGAAAUAGAUUCUUGGUUAACUUUCGCCCUAAGGAAACAAGUCAAGUUCCUAGAAUUUGGGUUCGGAAUGGUUGAACCUGUUAAUGAGGUCUAUAAGUUGCCUUUCAUAGAGUUCAUUAGUGAUUCUCUGGUCGAGCUGAAGCUGGUGUUCAUUGAAAUGAAACUUCAGAAGCGAGUAAAAAUGGGAUCACUUAGAGUUCUGAAGCUUGAUUAUAUGAGUCUAAAUGAUGAUGUUUUCAAAGAAAUCAUUCAAGGUUGUCCUUUGCUCAAAGAACUUGAGAUAUCUAACUGUUUUGACCCUUGGGAUUUCACUGAAAUCAAUGCCCCAAAUUUAGACAUAUUGAAGCUUGAUAGAGAGAUAGGUGCUGAUUCAGAGCAAAUUAUGAAAAUCAAUUGCCCAAAAUUGUCAUCGUUUAACUACAGUGGAUGUGUGGAAGGACUGGAGAUUGUAAACCUUUCCUCUCUUGCUGAAUUUUCCUUUGUUAUAACGUGGAACGCUUUUGCAACAAGAUUCAACGAGUUCACCCGGUUUCAAUCUGUUCUAACCAAAGUUCUGCAUGUCAAGAAUGUAUCUAUAUCAGAUACAUUUGUCACGGUGUUGUUCUAUUGCAUGCUAAAAUGCAGUCUUCAGGAAAUUGUUCAGUGGAAGAGAGUGGAUCUAAAAAUUAGUUUGACUGAUAAGCACAUCUUUGCUCUUUGUCAUUUGUUAACGAAAUCACCUAACUUGGAGGAACUUGUCUUAAAUGUCGUCCCAUCAUGUGAUUUAGUCAAGGAAGUAGAGUCAGAACUCGAAAGUUGCAACCCGGGUAAGGAAGAGGAGUACUGCUGGAGCUCUCUUAAAACCAUUGUCAUUCACAACAUUUCAAUGAGUUUGUAUCCUGUCGUUCACUUGGUUGAGAUUCUGCUCAGGAGUUCACCAGCGUUAGAUGAAAUGAUGAUCUACUACAAGGCCAGCAAUGAAUACUCGGCAAUGCUGACGUCAGAACAAUUGGCAGAAUUUUCUGAGAAGUUGCCAACAUUCAGAAAGGCCUCCCAAACAGCAAAAGUUAUUCUACUGUGAGAAAUUGAACGGCAAAUUGCUGCAUCUUGGAAUUAUAUAUACAAAGUAAUACAGUAUCGUUACUAUUGCCACUACAAACAAAUGCUUGUUGAUGAAGAAUAGAAGAUGUGGGCUUGGGGUUCCUUCUAGCUGCAGCUGCGGCUUCCAGUUAAGUCCUCAUCGGUGGCUCAUGGUCACAAAUUUUCCUGUUAGCGGCUAUUAGUCUUCC